GCAGAGUAAACUUAUCACCCCAGGGCCAAAGACUGAUCAUUUAACAAUGGACAACCAAGAAUCAUCAGAGUCUCCUCAGAACAUGGAACAGCGCAUUCUUUCGGAGGAGUUAAUUUCAGAAGGAAAAUGGGUCAAGCUUGAAAAAACAACUUACAUGGAUCCUACUGGUAAAACUAGAACUUGGGAAACAGUGAAACGGACGACCAGGAAGGGACAGACAGCUGAUGGUGUAGCCGUCAUCCCAGUGCUGCAGAGAACUCUUCAUUACGAGUGCAUUGUCCUGGUCAAACAGUUCCGGCCACCAGUGGGAGGUUACUGCCUCGAGUUCCCUGCAGGUCUCAUCGAUGACAAUGAAAGCCCUGAAGCAGCUGCGCUCCGGGAGCUGGAGGAGGAGACAGGCUACAAAGGAGACGUGGCAGAAUGCUCUCCAGCUGUAUGUAUGGAUCCGGGUUUGUCAAAUUGUACCACACACAUUGUAACAGUAACCAUCAAUGGCGACGAUGCAGAAAAUGUAAGGCCUAAGCCAAAGCCAGGGGAUGGAGAAUUUGUGGAAGUAAUCUCUUUACCAAAGAAUGACCUGCUGAAUAGACUUGAUGCUCUGGUAGCUGAAGAACAUCUGACGGUGGAUGCCAGAGUCUACUCCUACGCCCUGGCCCUGAAGCAUGCAAACACGAAGCCAUUCGAAGUGCCCUUCCUGAAAUUCUGAGGCCAACAAGGACAAUGGCCAUAUGUGAUUUUGUAACUGAGACCACCUGGCCUUCUUCACAAAGACUUUGUAUUCAACUUAGUUUUAUGUAGGUUUGAAAGUAGCUUUUUCAUAAAUAAAAGUAACAGAAUGCA